AAACUACUAGGUUUUUUAAGUUUUCUCAUAAACCCAACUGUCUAGGGUUUGCCCCGGUAUAAUCAAAUCAAGAAAAUGGAUCUCAAAGGAAACGUAGCCGAGACGACGACACAAGGAGACUCGAGCAAAUUGAUGGAGGCAACAGAACCUAUGGAAGAAUCUUCGCCUGUUGCUUCUGCUUCCCUGACAAAACGUAAGGCCGAUUCUGACCAGGUUGAGGAGAACGGCGGUGAGGCUCAAGAGAGUGGUGAUGGGAAUGAAGAGAGUGGUGACGAGGCUGAAGAGAGUGGUGAUGGGGAUGAAGAGAGUGGUGAUGGGGAUGAAGAGAGCGGCGAGGAUGACUACGUAGACCCUGACGAUGAGCUCUUACAUCCGACAUGGUGGAAAGUCCCUGAAUGGGAUGUGGACAGCUUCGAUGGUCUCGAGUACGAUUCCUCUGAAUAUAAAGAUGAGUUCCCCGAUGAAGAAGAUGAAAAAGAAUGGCGCCGCUUUAAGCGUCAGCUCAUCGAGAAUAAGGGGUUUUAUGUGGAGCCUGAGCUUUGGUCAAUGUACAACUACUCUGAUUACAAAGUCGUCCCUAAUUUGGAUUUGGAUGCGGGUUUCGACCAAACCUAUGGCGAGUACUUUGCAGAGAUGGCUUGUCUCUGUGUCAAAAAGUACAACGAAGACAAGGGAUCGAAUGUAGAGUUUGUGGAAGUGGUGAGAGGUAUAUUUACAUCAGGAUCUAGAUCAAAGUCGUACAUUACAUUUAUGGCUAAGGAGAAACCUGAUGGACCUCUGGUUGAGUAUCAAGCUAAGGUUUGGUCUACUGUCAUUCAAAACGAGAACUAUCCCAUUCUCUGUAGACCGGCUCCUACAGCAAAGCGUUCCAACCAAAAGUAGUAAGAAGUUCUUUUCUUUCUGGAACUGGAAACUGGACUGAUGGAUACAGAGAUGACGUUCGCAAUAGGGCAUCUGAUAUAUGUGGUUGUGUAAACAUUUUCAUUAAUUUACCACUCAAGAAACUUCCCUUUUGUUUCCAAUAUUAUCUAUAGAUAUGAUGUUUGA